UUUUUCCUUUGUCUCCCUCUUCUCCAAAUUUCUUAUAUUUGUUUCACAUUCCAUUUCACUUCAGUUUUCACUUUUGGAACCCUUCCUUCUUUUGCAAAUUAGGGUUUCAUUUUCAAUUGAAUCUUUUUGUUAAGGAAUCUUAGAGAGGAAGAGCAGGAAGAGAGAGUAGAGUCCGAACAGAAUCUCAUAUCUGAGUUUGUGGGAUCAGAAUUCUGCCACUGUUUUUUUAUCAUUUCGCAGUCUUCGCAGUCUUCCUUCCUUGCUCACCUUCAACCUUGAAUCUUGCUUGUAAAAGGAAGAGAAGGAGUAAGCACAUUUGUAUCUCAAGGAUAUGAACUCCUAGGCAAGGCAUUUAUCAAGCUUAUUCAGAACUUCAGGUUUCACAACUAAAACCCUUCAAUACUGGGCAUAAUCAAAUGCAACAGCUUCAGCAAUGCAGAGGCAUACGAGUGAGGGUCACAAAUGGGAACUUGGAAAUGGCAUUGGCAUUGAUGCAGCGUAAGAUGCAAGGAAGUGGGAUUAAAUUCCACAUCAAAAACUCUGAGAAGCGUGUUUGAGCCCGAAAGAACUUGGAGCGAAGGCUUCGAUCUGAGGAUUAUGCUAGGAAACUUAAAGCCAUUUUGCUCAAGAAAGUCAGGUAUUUAGCCCCUAUAUAAAAGACAAAAUGUUCUCCUUUGGAGCAUCACUAAAAUCUGCACCAUAUCUCUACAUCACACUAUUUUCAAGUAAAUACACGAUGUUUAGGUAAAUUGCAAUGAAUUUCCCUGUAUGGCAUGAAUUAUUUUAAGCUAUUUUGACUCGAGCACCUUGAGAUGGUUAAUAUCCAAAAUCUAAGACACUAUCAGAAACCACACAUAACCUUUGCUAGAAAGGGUUAUUAAGGGCCAUUAUGUACAAAUAAUGGCUGUGUCAUUGUAGAAUAAUCAAAAUAAGAUGGAUUUUACCAUGCCAUGUGGACUUAUCUAUAUAGCCUACUCUCUAAACAUGAAUAGUUUUGCAUAAGAUAUCAAUUUGGCCUGCAAUCUUUUAACCAUUAAAAUAUUAAAUUGGGAAAGGUUGAUUUGUUCACUAGUUAGUUUGAAGUUUGGAAGUAAUGGUAUCCUACAUGAAAAAUCCUCAAUCAAACUACUGAUAAUGUUAAUUUAUCAUUGACAUGAUAAGGCUUGAAGGGGAAACAUGCAACAUUUUUUUGGUUGUUUGUAUCAACUCAUGCUAGUGAUUUUGUUGCUGUCGUGAUUUCAAGUUGGUGUCAUUGACUUUGGAACUGAAAAUGUUAUUAUGUGGCUUACAAUAAUAUAGGUGGCCAUGUGAGAACUUCAUUUUAAUCAAAGGCAUAUUAUAAUAUUAUGUCAUGCUUACCUCUGGAUUUUAUUCCACUUCAUUCCCUUUGUUUAAAUGCUUACGCCUUUGGUCUUUGUGAUGUUCACAUUUUAUAGGAUGGUGUUGCUUUCUAUUCGUUCUAGCAUUUUAAUUAUUCUGUUGUAAUAUCACAGGUGUCAAUGAGGAGGUUGCAUUUUACACAAAAAAUGGUCGUCAGAAGUUGUGUUGGAAUGGAAGCAGUUUUCAAGCAACAGUUGGAUGCAACAUUUUCUUAUGAUUUUAUUUUUCUGGGAUAAUUUAUUUAAUAUGCUGUAGUAUGAUAUGUACUUAAGGUUUUCAAAAGCAUAAAGAAGAGAGGCACUUGAAAUGAGCUCUUUAAGAUUUUCAAAA